UUGCACACUGAAUGUGAAUUUCUUGUAUUUUUUUUUCUUGUGUCGAUUUGUUGUGUGAAUUUUUAGCCAAUUUAAUUAAUUACCUCUUCUAAUUAUUUCCUUACCAUUGAUGGUGCUUUUAUUAUGGAAAAGCCUUCAUCAAUGGCUAAUCAUAAAACAGAAAAUUGGAAAUUAAUUGUGGACCCAGCAUUUAAAAAGGGAUCUACUAAAGUUUACCGAUAUGAAGGUGUAGUAGCUGGGAAGGAAUGUUUAUAUCCACCAGUUGUACCCAAAGAUCCUCGAUCCAAAUUGAACAUUCGAUUAAAAAGCUCAGAGACAUUUGAAUACAAAUUAACAAAGUUCAAAAUUGAUAGUAAUUAUGUUGGUCCUCCUCCACCUGUAGAAGUUUCAAUUUCAAAUUUAAAUGAUAACGUAAAGGAAAAUUUUUUAAAAGGACUAUUGGAGCCAUAUGGUGAAGUUGAAGAACUUGAAAUCUAUUAUCAUCCCAAAAAUAAUAAACACUUGGGAUUAGCUCGGGUAACAUUUGCCAGCACAAAUGCAGCCAAAGCUUGUGUUGAGAAAAUGAAUAAUGAAACUGUCAUGGGAAAUAUUCUCAUUGUUUUUUAUGAUCCACAUGGUAAAAAGAUUAAUCAACUUAAGGAACAGCAUAUCAAUCCACCACCACCACCAAAACCAACUCAACCUCCAACUUCUAAUAAACAUUAUACAUCUAGUGGGACCGACAUUGAUGUUAGCCAUCUCAACUCAAAACCAUCAGAAAAUUCAUCUCUUCCUAGUGUACAAUCAUCUCAUUAUGGUUAUAAUUGUAAAAAUAAUGGCGCAACAAUCCCUUAUCCUGAUCAAGCUGGAUCAAUGAGACCGCCGGAUAGUAAUUAUCCAUUCGGCGGUGGUAGUAUGUCUUUUAUUAAUAAUUCAACCGGUAUGCCAAGCUGGGCUCAGGCAAGUUUAUGGGAUGCAACAUCAAAUGUUAACAAUACACCAACUAUCCCUAAAGGAAGUCCAAUGAGAGAAAGUUUAGACUCAAGAAUAGAAUUGCUUCUUCAACAAAGGCAUAUCGGUUCAGCGCCAACUUUUCUCGGUGAAAUUGGAGGUAUGUCUGGUUUGGGUAGUCCUCCUUUCGAUCAAACUGGAUUCACACAAGAAUUUACCCAAUCAUUUGGGACCAAAUUGUCAUUACAUCAAGAAGACUCAAAUACAUCAGAACCCGAUAUGUUAUUAGACAAAGCGGAUUCUGUUUGUGAAACACCACCAUCACCUUUUGAAACGGGAACGGCUUUCAUUGAAUGUUACAAAAUGACCAAAGAAAUUGAUGCGGGAAGAGAACCUUGUUUAAAUAGUGAUGAAGGCGACGAGGAAGACGAUUUUAACAUUGAUGAUCAGGAUGGUAAUGCAACCCCACUUAAAGAUGAAAAGUAUAACCUCAGUAAAAAGCGUUCAAAGAUUAAAAAACUUCAAGCUGUAAAAAACCAUGGUGGUGGAGAUGAUGAUAGAAUGUCUUUAUCAUCUUUAAGUAGCGGUGAGAAACUUCAAGUGACAGCUAAUGAGCCUUCCAUGACUUCAGGUAUUGUUCAUCACCCAAUGUUCCCAAGUGAACAAGUCCAAAUGAUGGCCCGAAUGGGUAUUUGGAAACCCGGAAUGGGUUCCGGUGUAAUUGGAAUGCCACCUACUGGUGGUGGUCAGCAAAGUUAUUUUACUUCUGUUGGUUCAUUCCAUCAAACAUUUCAACCUCUCUCAUACCCACUAACCAAUUUAGCCAUAACACCUUCCAGACCUCCUUUUACUCCUUUUCCAUUCACAUCUUCAGGACUUUUUACCAGUUAUCCGAUCUCCGGUUUUUUAGCAAUGCCAAAUUCAAGUAACAACUUGGUCAACAACAAGAUGCGAUUGAAUAACCAUGAUAACCAUCAGAAUCAACAAAAGUCAAAUAGGGACGAAGGAAAUUGGAAACAACGAAGAUUAGAAGACAAGAGAAGACCUUUAACCCAACGUGUUUGUGAGAAGAUUGUCCAAGAACUGAAAGAAAUAAUUGAUAGAGAUAUUAGGAAAAAAAUGGUUGAAAAUACUGCCUUCCGAAUGUUUGACAGUUGGUGGGAUGAUCACGAGAAAUCGAAACAAAAAAGUCGAAUCAAAGAUACCUCAUCAACAGUUACAUCGGUAACAACAAAUACCCAACCUCAGAAUAACAAUAAUCAACAAGAAGAUAAAAAGGAAUCUAGUGCUAUCAACUCUUCUUGGGCUGCAAUAUCAACUUUUUAUGACAAAAGCAAGGAAAUUAAUACUUUUAAAAUUAGUAAUAAUGCAGGCUUUGGUUUAGGCCUUGGUCUACGUUCAGUGAUACCCAAAAUGCCUUCUUUCCGGCGUAAAAUGAGAAAACCACCAACACCACCACAAGAAGAUGAAGAAUCUCGAGAUGCAAAAGUUGCUUCUGACGAUGAAGAUAGUAAAAAAUCAUCUGUUGACGAGGAAAUGUACAAAAAUGGAGCUACCGUAAGCAGUAAUUGGAAGAAAAAUCGAGCCGCUGCGGUAAUUGAAGAUGAAAGGCACGAUUCGUCCUCCGAUGAAUCUGAAUCUAGUCAAACAAAAGCACGAAGGCACCGAAGUCACAGUUUAUCAAGUAUCAGCAGUUCUAGUAUGACUUCUGGGAUCGCCAGUAGCAGCUCAAGUUCUAGUUCAAGUGAUGAGGAUGAACCUUUUGGUUCAGAUUUAAGUUCAGAUUCUGAGGUUUCCAGUGAUGAUGAAUCAACUGUAGCCACAGAUGAAGAGGGACCAGUGAAAAUUAAAUCCAAAUCUAGUAAUCGUAAAUUGAUCACAUCAGAAGAUGAUGAAACUUCCUUCCAAGAGACUAUUUUAAACAAGGAAUUUAAAGACACUGCCAAACCAACAACAACAAUUAGUAAUAAACAAAAGUCAACCAUCGAAGUGAAAAUUGAACCUAAAAAUGAUCUUAGUAGACUUGAAUUUGAAGCAUCCGAAGCACUAGUUGCUUUAUCUACAUGUUUUAAACCAUCCGGAGAUAAAUUACUUCAUUCAGAUGUUAAAUCAAGUGAAUUAGAAAAGAAAGAUGGAAGAGUAAAAAGUGCAAGUGAAACCGAUUCAGCUCCUGAAUCUGAAAGGUUUGACAAUUCAGAGGUCGAUAUGCCCGUUGAAUCGGUCGCUUUUGAUCACUCUUAUUGUAUUCGAAAAGGUUCUAAAGAGGUGUUGAUAAAACCAAGUAUUGAUUCUGUUAUUGACUCUGUUAUUGACUCCGUUGUAAAAGGUCACGAUGAUGAAGAUGAUGUUGAUAUGGUUAAUGAUCAUGUUUAUAGUAAAUCACAUGAAAAGGCAGGGAAAAAAUGGAAUAAGAAAAAAUCAUCAACCACUACAACACCAGUGAUACCAAGUGAUUUCUCCGUCUUCCCUCGUGUUGCCUCUGAAUGGCGUCGGGCAAAGCGUAAUAAUGCAAGUGAGAUUAUUGAUUAUGAAAUUGUUGCCGAUGAUUUUAUGGAACAAGUGAAAACUGUCUUUAAACCUAGAGAACCAAUUGAUGAGUUGAAAAUAUUAUACGACUUUUUAACCAACGGAAUUGAUGCUGAAGAUAUCAACUAUUUAAAACGAUCAUAUGAUCUUAUGUUACUUCAAGAAGAUUCAAGAUAUUGGUGGUUAAAUGAAAUCCAUUGGUUUGACCAUCCACCAACUGCCUGUAAAGACUCAGUGCCUAGAAAGAAACGUAAAACAGAUGAUAAUCAUCCUAAAGUUCAUACAACGGGUUGUGCUCGAACCGAAGGUUAUUAUAAGAUGACCAAAAGUGAAAAGAUGAAGUAUUCGUAUCUCACCUCAACCUCUGUUAACGAUGAGAAACAAAAAGCACUAAGGGUGCGAAUGCCAACCACUCAACAGUCAACACGUGAAGCUCGUUCAAAUCAACGAAGACUAUUGGCCAGUGUUCAGGACGCUGCUUGGUCAGAUCUUGUUAAAUUUAAUCACCUACAGUUCCGUAAAAAACAACUUAAAUUUGCAAGAAGUAGAAUCCACGAUUGGGGACUUUUUGCUCUGGAACCGAUCGCUGCUGAUGAAAUGGUCAUCGAAUACGUGGGACAGGCGAUCAGGCCAAUAGUCGCGGAUCUAAGAGAAAAGAAAUACAACGAAAUGGGCAUUGGAAGUUCGUAUCUAUUCAGGGUCGAUUUAGAAACUAUUAUAGAUGCCACCAAAUCUGGAAAUCUGGCUCGUUUUAUAAAUCAUAGUUGCACUCCAAACUGCUAUGCUAAAGUUAUCACCGUUGAAAGUCAUAAGAAAAUUGUGAUAUAUUCUAAACAACCCAUAGAAGUGGAUGAAGAAAUAACCUACGAUUAUAAAUUCCCUAUAGAAGAUGAGAAGAUACCCUGUUUAUGCUCGACACCGCAAUGUCGAGGUUUCCUAAACUGAUUUCUCUUAAUCCAUCUUCCUUUUACAUCUUCUCAAUCACAACAAAAGUACAUCUCACUCUCUCUCUCUUUUCUCCUUCUUCCUCACUUUGUACUUUAAAAAUUAUCCUCUUCUCUCUUCAGACUCUCUCCACUCACACACUCAUUCACAUAAACACACACACACACACAAACGCUCCCUCUUUUUCUACCUCACUCCCAGUAAAUUGUUUCUCUCCUUCUUUUACCCGAUUCCCUCUCUCUCUCUAUAAAUAUAUAUAAAAUUCAUUUGUAAACUCAUCAAUUCAAGCGACACAAAAAAUUGUUGCAUUAGUGAAAAAAGAUAAUAUUUUGUAAACAAAAACAAUUAAUCAGUUAUCAUCAGCAACAAACAAAACACAAGUCCAUCUCUACAUAAUAAACAAAACAAGAAAAAAAAACAUCACUAAUAACAAUUAAGAUGAAAAAUCUAAAUCAAAA